AUGAGCGAAACCGAUGAAUGCAGUGAUGAAAAUGAGAAGACCCAUUUUAGGUUGCCACUAGUUCUCAUUGAAAAUGAGAAAGUUGAUGAAAAGAAAAGACCCCAUGAGGACAAUGAUUCUGAUCAAGAAGAAGAUCUUGAGGUUGCAUCACCUUUUGGAGAUGGGCUUCCAAGUCCUGCUGAGAUUAAGCUCAAGAUGAAGAAGUCUUUGUUGGAAUUCCGUUGCCAGGUUGAAGAUGCCAUUCUUGGGAACUAUUUGUUAGGUGAACCUGAUCAUGAGAAUGUUGCACCAGAAGAAAUAGCAGUGGCAAGGGAACAGCUUAGAGAUAUUUCUCUCUGGGGUGUUCCAUUGUUACCUAGCAAGGGUCAUCAAGGCACCGAUGUUGUCUUGAGGAAAUUCUUGAAAGCCAAAGAUUUCAAGGUCAAUGAUGCCUUUGACAUGCUUCAGAAGACUUUGUUAUGGAGAAUUAAGAACAACAUUGAUGGUAUCCUUGAUGAAGAUUUGGAUCCUGAGUUUGAAAAUGCUGGAUUUUUAUGCAGUAGGGAUAGGGAAGGUCGUCCAGUUUGUUACCAUGUUUGUGGGGUCUUCAGAGAUAGGCAUGUUUACAAGAAGACUUUUGGCACACAACACAGAUGUGACCUGUUUUUGAGAUGGAGAAUUCAGUUGAUGGAAAAGGCUGUGAAGAAGCUUUGCUUUAGAGAAGGAGGGGCUGAUUCCAUUAUUCAGAUUCUUGAUUUAAAGAACACAACAAUGCAAGGAACUAAGGAGCUUAACGCAGUCAACAAAAAAGCUUUGAUACUGUGUCAGAAUUACUAUCCUGAGCUCAUUCACAAAAAUAUAGUAGUAUAUGCUCCAUUUUGGUUCUACACGUCUCAAGUGCUAGUCUCAAGAUUCAUGAACCAGAGAAAUAAAAAGAAGUUCAUCUUAGCUAGGCCACAGAGGGUCACGCAGACACUUCUCAAGUAUAUAGCCCCAGAACAUCUUCCAGUUGAAUAUGGCGGUCUAAGGAGAAAAAAUGAUGAAGAUUUUUCGCUUGCUGAUAAGGUAUUAGAGCAUAAAAUCAGAGGAAAUGUGGUUUCUACAGUUGAAUUUCCAAUCCAUGAGCCUGGAGUGACAGUGAUGUGGGAUGUAACUGUGGUUGGGUGGGAUGUGUCCUACAAGGAAGAGUUCAUUCCAGAUGAUGAAGGCUCAUACACUAUUUUACUUCAAAACCAAAGCAUAGUGGGUGAAAGCACUAGAAACUCCUUUUACAUCAGUGAACCUGGGAGGAUUGUCAUAACAAUUGAAAAUUGGACCUACAAGAAGAGGAAAAUGUUCUAUAGAUCUAAAACCAGAACCACAGUUCCCAUGUUCAUCUUGUUAUCAUAG